AUGACACGAUGUUGCAGGGACAGCAUGAAUCUGAAAAGCUCAGCUUACAAUCAAACAGGUCAGAGUUGCGUGGAGCAGCUGUCGGUGUACAGGUCGAUGUGCAGCCAUCUGCGACGCGUGCUGAUGGCGAAGAGCGUGGUCGACACGCGAAAUCCCAGAUUCGCGCGAACCAUACAGAGGCGGUGUCGGCCGACCAGCUGUAAGCUGAGCUUUUUAGACGGGGACUUUUGCUGCCUGUCCAGCCAGACCAUCGACAGAUUGGCAUACGACACCGAGCACCAUCCCUCGGAGAUAAUAAGGGUGACGUGCCGUGGCAAGAGCUCGGCGAAAGAGCGAAGUUGCAGCAGAGGCAGAGAGCGAGCAGCGGUGGCAGCAGCGAAUAACGAUGCAAACUGCCCGUGUUUACGUCCGGCUACCGCCAAAGGACACACCACCGGCAUUAAAUCAAACAUGAAAAAUCAAAAGCGACCGACGGACGACUGCUGUGCCGACUGUCGGACAAGCGCGUGUCUUGGCUGCAGGAAGUGGAGCUUGCACGAGGAGACGGCACCGGCCGAAAGUCUACGAGGGGACGAGCAAACUUUUCGCAAGUUGGCCGAGCGCGAGGAGGAGGCGUUGUACGCCAAGUUCGUCUACGACAUUACGCAAGAAAUCGUCCAGAACGGACUGUACACCGACCGAGAAUUAAAGGAAGUUUUCGCCAAGCAUCUUGAGAGGAGCUCCGCACGUUUGAACAAGCGCAAAAUGUUGUACGAGAUAUACCAGCUGAAAAUCUCUCUAAACAUGUUGGAAGACUCUGACGAAGAAGAUGAAGUUGAAGCUGAUUUAGUAUUUGCUGAGAAAUUUUCCCAUCUCCGCGUACCGAAGCCACCCACACCGCCGAAAGUUUUGAAUGAGAAUAAAAUUAUCGAAAAGCUUCAAUCGUUCAAAAAUCACGAGAAUGGAGAUCGGAGUGGAAUGUCCUCGCCUUCGGGAGGUCGAAAAAGUGUUGUUCUCAUCGACGCCAAUCCUGAAUUUCUUGUCACUGAGCGCGACGUUUUAGCUACUUUAGCGGACAAUCGGGUAGAACCACAGCAGAUCCAACGUAUAUAUAAAAAAUUAUUUCGAAGAAGCAAGGACAUGUCACUUUGCGAAGCUGUGCAAGUCGGAACGGAAGUCGCCUAUUCGCAUCGAUUGAAGCAAGUCGAUAGGUGCACUAGUGCGACAUCGUUAAAUUCGACCUACAUGAGGGAAAGACCACACGGGAUACUUCGGAAAGAGAGCACGGAUUUUCUCGGCAAAUCUCUGUCUCCGCAAACUACCCGGUGUAGAUAUAGUUACGUAUCGGACAAAUGUAACGAAGCUUUAGAAAAGUGCGCUAAAUGGAAGACUUGCCCGUACGGUUGCAGAGCACAUCAUCAAAGCCCUUGCAAGCAGCAUCAAGACUUGGUUGGAAAAGAGAAGGCACAGAGCCCGGAAAAGAUCGCUAGCAAGGAAGUGGUCGCAAAAGACAAACCGGAAAAAAAGCCAAGCCCCGACAAAAAGGUAAAAGUCGUUAAGCAGCCUGCGAAAGUAAAGAAGCCCGAAAAAAUAAAAACAAAAAAGCCAAUUAAGGUGCUGGUAAAGAAGAAAGAAGUUAAAAGUUCGCCGGAAACUUCGGAGGGUACGAGCAGCCUGCAAGAAGUUAUAACGGAAGAGAAGCACGUAGCAUCGAGUAAAGCGCAGAGCGACUUAGCGCAAGAAAACGCGGCGAGCGAAGAGCACAUCGAGGAAAUCGAAGAAGACAUCGAGUCGGUGAUCGAAGAAUCGCCUACGAAAUCAUCGCGGAGGUCAUCGCCCGUGGAGGAUAAGCCCGACAACGAGGACAAAGAGCAAGCCUCGUCGCCCGAGAAGAACAACGACGACAACGACGAGGAGAUAUCGUCAAUCGCAACUGAGAACGAGAGCGCCAAGUACUCGGACGACUUCUCGGACGUGUCGGAAGAUAGCGAAGAUCCGUCCAAAACGAGAUACGCCUCCAUGAAAGACUACUUUGACCAUUUCGCAACCGUUGACGAGCAAAAAAUCUGGCGCAUAAGCGAGGGCAGUUCCUCGUCGUCGUCGUCGACUUCGUUAAUGAAUCCAGAGAGUGCGGAGAAUGCCAAUAACGAGGCGCAGCAGCAGCAGCAGCAGCAGCAGCAGCAGCAGAGCAAAAUAAUCAAAAAGCGCUCGAGCUCGAAAGUAUUCAUCAACGCGCCGAACGACUCGUGGCGACCGGGUUCGAGUGACUUCUAUACAAACGCACUAGUCAAGUACUGCGAUCCCGACUGCCGGAACUCCUCGGCUAAAAGUUGUAGCGAUAAUUGCAAAUUCGUGCGGACUAACUGCAGGAAUCUCUCCCGACCGACCAAUUGUUUGAACAAGCUCAAACAGCCCGUACUUAGCGAAUCUACUUCGACUACCUCUUAACUAACUUUUUCAUUUGUCGACACUAUCUUUCUCUCGCUAUUUUCUCUCUUAUUUCAAUGUAUACCU